AUGAACGUUGCUGAUUAUGAGAUGCGAUUUGACGCCCUCAAAGCCAUGGAGAGGUCGAUGAGUGGAAACUUUGAGAAGAAGCCGGAACUACAGAAGGUCCAGCGGGAAAGCAACGAUGCAAGCCUGGGUGUCAUCCGUGAAUGGAGACCUUUACACCAAUCGGAUACACCCCUUGCGAGCAUCCGCGACCUGGAAGCUGCCCGACGUGGCAAUCUGAUGCCUUUCAAGUCCAUGCGCUGCCCAACAAGUCCCUUGUGUUUGCAGUGCGAAUGGCCACAACGCCGCUCCUGGCUUCUAUGUGGUCUCUUGAAGAAGUUGAAGAUGCCCACCAAAGUGGUGAAGCUCGUUCUGGGCUUUGCAAGGCAGCACCGGCCAGUAAGGGCUGUGGACCUUCCCCCUCGCACAGAGCUGCGUGUGCGGUGGUGGGACCCACUGGAGGAGAACGUCACACAGGAAGAGCAGGAGCAAGAGAGCAACAAAGGAACAGUGACCUGUGAGUACUACGACCCCGCCAGCUUGGCCAUGGAGCUUCAUGCUAUGACGAUGUAUCCGAUUGAUGACUUCAAGAUGCUGCGGGGCGGAGUCCUUCACCUUGUCGGGGAGUUUCAGCUCUUCUGGAGUGCAGUUCUCAAUUUUGCGGACUUCCACUCAUGUGCACCACUGGAAGGGCUCUACAAGUGGGGCGAAACCGUGCCACGCCUCGAGUAUCGAAGGAUGUGCCAAUGUUUGCAGUCGGGCUCUCCCAAGAUGCAAUCUCGAUCCAGAUUUGCUCUCCUCAUGUGCAGGGAGCUUUGUUCAGGGGCAGAUGAGCUGAACCGAACUCUUCCGCCUUGUGCCUAUACCGAGCUUGACGAUGAAGCAGUGACGCCGGGAGAGCCCAUUGCCCGCUGGUGGCACGAUGUUGUGCUGCAGCCGUCAAUGGACCAGAUGAGCGGUGUCCGUAUUGGCACGAUUCACUCUGGGGUGCUCAUGCGCAUGCAUGCGGCUUUUGUGGCGACUAUGCAGACGAGCUACGGUGCGGCGCUUGCAAAAUGUUCGUGCAGCGGCUCCAGCACAGAUGUGCAGACAGACUGCCCGAAUGCAUCAGUGACGGAUGUUGUGCAGCCUGAACGGCGCCAGUCCUUUGAAGAGAUCCUGACCGAUCAGCUCGACGGGCUGAAGUCCGCUGUCCUUGCGGCGCAUGGGAGUGUACUGGAGGAUCUUCAACUUCGUGUCCAGGGCGGAUGCUGCGAGACGCCCAUGAUCCAUGAGCUCCGGGAGACUCGCGAGCAGCGUGUGCCGCGCGAGCGGCUGAGUUGGGAUCUGAUUUUCAUUCCUUUGCAGAUGUUCGACAUCAACGCGGAGGUCGACAACCUCAUCAACGCACCUCAGUGGCAAAGCGGCCGCGAUGGUUGUGACGGGACCCAGAUUGAUGAGGUACUGGUCUUAGACGUGAUGAUCUUCGUGGUGCUGAGCUUCAACACUGAAAGCGAGAGCGGCAGCAAUGAUUCCAUGGGCUCCUUUCGCCUGGCUCGCGCCUUGCGCUUGAUGCGGUUCUUGCGACUUCUUCGCCUGCACAAGAUGGCGAACCUGGCGGCCGAAAUCCUUGAUCGCUUCAAAACAGACAGCUUCCUUCUCACCAUGAAUAUUCUUCGAAGCCUUGCGGCCGUCCUGGCCUUGAAUCACUACAUGUCCUGCGCCUUCCUUGGGCUGGCACUGCUGUUCGCUGCGGAAGGCGAACUCACAUGGAUUGAAAUCGCUGAGCUACAGCAUAUGGAUUUCUUGACACAGUACUUCUCGGCUUUGCACUGGUCUCUGACGCAGUUCAUGCCGGCCACGAACAACAUUGCGCCCAACACGGCCCCUGAGCGGAUCUACGCGAUUUUUGUGGUGCUCAUCGGCCUGGCUGUCUUCUCAUCCUUUGUGAGUGGGGUGACCAACACUGUCAACCAGCUCCGGCAAAUCCAUACUGAGCACUUCAAGCAGGAAAGCCGAAUGAAGUCAUUCUUAACGCAGAAAUCGGUCUCUGUGGAUGUGUGGUGUCGAGUGCAAAAAUUCUGCCGCUUGCGGAUCCUUCUGGACAAAAUGUCACUGAAAGAAGGGGAUAUCCCCAUGCUCCAAGAUUUGCCUCAUGGCUUGCGGGUGAAGCUCCAUGCAGAGAUCUAUAUGCCGAUUCUGGUUUCAGCGAACUGGAUGCCAUCGGAUGUGACAGAGAUCGAUGAGGAGCUCAUGCUGAAGCUUUGUGACAAAGUAUUGCUGGAGAAGGUGGCAUCGCCCAUGCAGGAGAUUUUCUUGGAACGUGGGGAAUGCCCAGAGGUGGGCACCUGGCUUUGCGAGCUGAGCCUUUGGGCAAGGUGGGAGUAUCGAGGCCAACUGGAUACCGAGGAGGUCUCGCACUACGUGGUAAUCCCUACGCAGGAAUUUGCCUUGGCGGUCACCAAAGCAGGCGGUUCACUCUUCCAGCUGAUCCGAACGAUAGGCCUGCUCUACAUUGCCAAGGCGGAGUCUCAAGAUGCAAACUGUGACGGAAUUCCCUUGACGGACCUGCCAUUGUUGUCCGAGUCGGACGCCCAGGCGGGAGUUCUGACGGACCUAGGUUUGGUUUGA